GAGAAAACUACAAGUAAACUACUAACCUCGUUGAAACCAGAACUAUUUUCAUUAGAAACAAAGACAAAGAUACCACCCAAAGAAGAAACUACCACAUACAAACAAGAAAGGACAACAGCAUUAACUACGGCCACUAUCAAGUCCACUAUAAAACCUCUUUCGACAGCAACAUCACCUAAAACUUCGACAGCAACAUCAUCCAAAACGUCGACAGCAACAUCCCCUAAAACGUCAACAGCAACAUCACCCAAAACUUCGAUAGCAACAUCAUCCAAAACGUCGACAUCAACAUCACCCAAAACUUCGACAUCAACAUCACCCAAAACUUUGACAUCAACAUCACCCAAAACUUCGCCAACAACUAGAACUUUCUCGCUGUUCAACAUGGAAACUUCAGCGCCCACAUCCACCUCGUCUCCCUCCACCAAAACGAAACCGGAAAUCAAUGCAUCCCAGAAAGAAUCUUCUAGCUUCUCGACUCGCCCAGACACCACUCAUUGGAGCCAUCAAGCGACCACACAAAUAAACACUGACGUAUUUCAAUUGUUUGAUGAUAAAACUUCAAAACUCGCCAACUUGUCUUCAACAACUCAACAUAAAACUAGUAGUGCCGCUGAUACAGUUAGCUCAAAAACCGUGAACACAAAAUUAACAAACAGCCACGAAGUUCUUAAAAAACUGGAGCCAUCUAGUAAAUCUAGAGAUAUGAAUCAAUUUAAAGACGGCCUGCCUUAUUUGCCAAGUAUCUCAGACACAGUACUCUACAUUCCUAAAGACAAGUUUGAAAAUGACAAAGUGGAUUUCAGUGACCCACUAUCUAGCGUCAGGCGAGGUACAAUGAAACCUAUGCUCAACUUUGAGAUGAAAGCUCUACCAGAAAACGGCUUCAGUCUACAUUCAAUUGUGAAAAACUUGGCCAAGAUCAAACCUGAACAGUCCCCACAAGAGUUACCCUCCGUGAAGCUGUCACGUGUCAACUCCGGGGUCAGAUACAGCAACGCCCACCGCAAGAUGAACCUGGACAAGCUGCGGGACUACAUCAAGGACAUUCGCCAGGGGCCCAGCGUCAUCGUGCCCAAGCAAGGCCUGUACACGCCAAAGGUUGAGAUCGCCAACCACACGGAGCGGGCGGACGAAAGCGUGGGGCUGAUGCCCAGUCCCGUGGAGAGGUACGGGUCGCCGUACAACACGAUCACAGGUGUCAGCACCGUCUUCACGCGCUACUGGCCUGCGGUGCUUGGUGUUACCAUAGGAACCAUUUUUCUACUGACCGCCCUCAUCACAUCCAUACUGUGCCGACAACGGAGGUUGCUGGUCCAGCGCGCCCGAUGGGUGGACUCCCCACAACACCUCAGCGAGCCCCCAGACACCAGCGAGUACGCCACGUCGUCUGCGGCCUCUCUCACUAGCGACCUCACGCGAUCCUCGGUAAAUCUCGUCAGCAGAAACGGCUAGCUAAUAAUUUAAUCUUAUUUAACUAAUUAAUCUUUGGCCAAAGUUUUAAAAUAUCCAAUAUUUCAAGUAAUUAAAUUACAUUUGUGGAAAUGAUACCUGGAUACGGCGUUCUUCUGUUCGUAGAAAAAAAAAUGUGCUGCAGUUGUUGAGAUUACCAAAAGGUUUUAAAAACUAAAUUAAGAUUUUUUUAAAACUGCAGUACAAUGUAAACAAUUGAGAAAAGCACAGUCCGAAUUGUUUAUUUUUCGCUUUCGAUAAACAAGAAGUGAAGCCUGCGAAUCUUACUCUUCCUCGACAACUGUUUAUAAACUUGA